GCCAUCUAUGACGAGCUAUGAGAACCUUGUAUCGAAAUUGGCUCGGCCAUUUUCGUCUGAGAAACUCGCCAGUACGGUUGAUCAUAGCGUUAUUCCGGAUUAAAAAUUGAAAAAAGUGUGUACAAAGUGUCCAAUUUGUGUUGUAAAGUGUCAAACUACAGCGAAAAAAUGCAAGAGUCUGAAAUAGAAAGUGAAGAAAAUGAUCAGAAUUCCUACUUUGUUAGUGACGAGGUUACAUAUUUGAAGGACUCGGGCAAGGAACCAUCUAUCAAUACAUUAAUUCAGCAAGAUUUAAUGCAGUUCCAACUUCCAAAGCCCACGUUAGGUUCCGCAUAUUUUAUUUCUUCAAGUCGUACUGAUUCGCCAAUUUCUGAGGAAAUAUUACCAUUUUCACAAAAUCCCAUGCUAAAUGCUAAAGAUUCCUGUUCUAAUUAUGAUCUUGGAAAAUAUUCUCCAGAAAUUGUACCAAAUCCAAAACGUCGUCGUCGCCGCACAAAGAAACCCAAAUCUAAUCAGAUGGCUCAAGAAAAUGAGUCACUGCAGCAGCUAAAUAAACCGCAAGUAAAUAAAGUUGAUUGUCACUCUUCGAAUGUGAAUGCACCAAAAGACUUCGUUUUAGACAAUGAAGGUUCAGUCAUAAUUUCACCUGAAAUAAUACCCGCAAAAAAACAGUGCUCUAUUCAAAUAAAACCUACGAAUACAUUCCAAAAAUCUAGUUCACCUGAUGUAGAAAUAAAAGAUCAGACGAAAUCUUCACAGUCACAAGCUUUGAUUGAAAAACAGCAUAAUAUCGACUAUCACAUCACAGACACUAAUAACAGUACACCACAACCAGAAAAAAAUAAUCAAAGAUCAUCCACCCUCAUACCUAUUUCAAUAAUUACUGUAAAUGCCCCUCACAGCAGUAGUUUUGACGUGAUUGUUGAUGAACUUCCCUUAGAUUUGAGCAUGAAAGAAUAUAUCACUCAGGAUAAUAUCAACAAUAACCAUCAACACCUAUCUAUAUGUGAAGGAAAAAUGCCAAUACCGCCAGUCUCUUUAACUUUCCACACGCCGUCAUCGCUUAUUUCAUUAUCGCUUGCAGCAAUUUCAAAGGAGUCUUUGUCUUUGCUAGUGCACUCUUCAAAUGACGUAUCAGCAACGGUUGGAAAAGAAAGCUGUCCUAUACCUUCUACUAGUAGAGCUGAUUUGGUGUCUCCACGUCCUUCCUUCCACUUUGAUGACCCGUGGGAUGGUGAUUUUUCUCCCGACGAUGGGGAUACUGACUAUCAACCAAGUGAACAAUUAAAUACUUCAAAUGAUUCGUUGACCCUGGAACCAGUUGAUGAGACAAGAGUGAAGCGAAAACGUGCCAAGCGAGGCAAAGCAAAUAAAGAAAACUGGACUUAUAAUCAAAAUAAAAUUAAAAGAAUGAAAGGAGACAGUUACAGUGGGAGGAGGAAAACAGAAGACGGAAAAAUUGUGUUCGAUCUUGAGAAAAACGAGCGCAGUGUUCAGCCUCGUUGUGAUCAUAAUGAUCGUUGCAAAUAUUUUGAAUGCUACAAAUUAACAGAAGAAGGUCGAAAUAUGUUAUUUAAGAAGUACUGGAAGCUAUCGUGGGAAACAAAAAAGAUUUGGGUACAACAAACUGUUCAAAAACAAGGUGUUUCCAUACGGAAGUGUAGCGGAAACAGUUUUCGCAGAGGGAAUACUUUCAAGUACUCAUUUAAUGUGUUGGGAGAAAAAUACAAAGUUUGCAAAAAAAUGUACUUAAAUACUUUGAAUAUUGGCGAAUGGUCAGUACACAACUGCACCAAAAAUGAAGACAGAAAUGAAGUGGCGUCGGAGUCUGAAAAAACCCGAAGAAAUAACGGCGUAAAAGCAUUCGAAGACAUUGGAAGAAAUCAUGCAAAAGAGUUUUUAAAUAAUUUACCAAAAUUAGAAUCACACUACUGCAGGAAGACGACAAGCAAACUUUAUUUAGAACAGAUAUGGCAAAGCAAAGAACAACUAUACAGAGAAUACGUCAAGCAACUUUCAGACAAAGGCAUUAAUGAAUAUAAAGUUUCACAGAAGAUAUUCUUUCAAGAAUUCGAUGCUAUGUUUGUCACUCUUUUCACCAAAAAAAGACCAAUGUGACGUGUGCUGUGCCUUCAAAGUCGGGAACAUUGCAGAAGAUGUAUAUACCGCACACAGAGAGAAAAAAGAAAGAGCAAGACAAGAAAAAACCGCAGACAAAAAUAAUCCUGAUCCGGAGACAAUGGCAUUUACUUUUGAUUUACAAGCAGUGCUUCUAUCACCCUCAUUAAAAGUAUCUGCACUAUAUUAUAAAACAAAACUCAAAGUACACAACUUUACUCUGUUCGAUAUAAAAAAUAAUGACGGUUAUUGUUAUAUUUGGCAUGAAUGUGAAGGUGGUCUUUCUGCAAACGAAUUUUGCAGUAUAUUGCAGCACUUCAUUGAGCAUUACAUUCCACAAAACGUCAAGCACAUUAUUUUUUGGAGCGAUGGAUGCACGAAUCAGAAUCGAAAUGCUAUACUUGCAAAUGCUUUACUGCAAAUUGCUGUCCAAAAAGAAAUUACGAUUACCCAAAAAUAUCUUGAAAAGGGACACACACAAAUGGAAGCAGAUUCGAUGCAUUCCACAAUAGAACGACAACUAAGGAAUCGAGAAAUAUACUCCCCAGCCCAGUACAUAGAUAUCUGUCGAAAUGCACGAUUAAAUAAACCGUAUGUCGUAAAUUACUUAGACCACAGCAUUUUCCGAAAGUUUAGCUCAAUGCCAUAUUUAAAAUCUAUCAGACCGGGUAAGAAAGCAGGAGAAGCAACUGUGUUUGAUUUGCGUUGCAUUGAGUAUAGAACUAACGGAACUAUUCACAUAAAACAAGAGUUCUCUGAAGAAUUCGAACAAUUACGCCGAAAAAUUAAAAAACCAAGAGAUUCAGACUCAAUGCCUCGUCUGUAUGACGCAAGGAUUCCUAUACCUCGAACUAAAUACAUCCAUUUGCAGGAACUGAAGGAAGUUCUACCCCAAGACGUUCAUUUAUUUUAUGACAGUUUACCCCAUGAGUGUCCAGAUAACAGGAGAAAUGGAAAUCCCUGCUCGUGCAGAAAAGAUGUUUUGAGCGAAGAGUCUAAA